AUGAUUGCAGGUCCUACAGGUAUGGAUUUCUGGCAGCUGCUGUUGACCUUGGCAGUGGCAGGAUCAAGCAGUGCUUUUUCUGGGAGUGAAGCCACACCAGCUAUCCUUGGCAGAGCCUCCCAGAGUCUGCAAAGAGUUAAUCCAGGCCUAGGGACAAAUUCUUCUGGGAAGCCUAAGUUCACCAAGUGCCGUUCACCUGAACUAGAGACUUUUUCGUGCCACUGGACAGAUGGGGUUCGUCGUGGCUUCAAGAGCCCAGGAUCCACUCAGCUGUUCUAUAUUAGAAGGAGCACUCAAGAGUGGACUCAAGAAUGGAAAGAAUGCCCCGAUUAUGUCUCUGCUGGAGAAAACAGCUGUUACUUUAAUUCAUCUUAUACCUCCAUUUGGAUACCCUACUGUAUCAAGCUAACCAGCAAUGGUGGUACAGUGGAUCAAAAGUGUUUCUCUGUUGAGGAAAUAGUGCAACCAGAUCCACCCAUUGGCCUCAACUGGACUCUACUGAACAUCAGUUUAACGGGGAUUCAUGCAGAUAUCCAGGUGAGGUGGGAACCACCGCCCAAUGCAGACGUUCAGAAGGGAUGGAUAGUCCUGGAGUAUGAACUGCAAUACAAAGAAGUAAAUGAGUCCCAGUGGAAAACGAUGGACCCUGUAUUGUCAACAUCAGUUCCAGUUUAUUCACUGAGACUAGAUAAAGAAUAUGAAGUGCGUGUGAGAUCCAGACAACGAAACUCUGAAAAAUAUGGCGAGUUCAGUGAGGUGCUCUAUGUAACACUUCCUCAAAUGAGCCCAUUUGCAUGUGAAGAAGAUUUCCAGUUUCCAUGGUUCUUAAUUACUAUCUUUGGAAUAUUUGGGCUAACGAUGAUACUAUUUUUAUUCGUAUUUUCUAAACAGCAAAGGAUUAAGAUGCUGAUUCUUCCCCCAGUUCCAGUUCCAAAGAUUAAAGGAAUUGAUCCAGAUCUCCUCAAGGAAGGAAAAUUAGAAGAGGUGAACACAAUCUUAGCCAUUCAUGACAACUAUAAACCUGAAUUCUACAACGAUGACUCUUGGGUUGAAUUCAUUGAGCUGGAUAUUGAUGACCCCGAUGAAAAGACUGAAGGCUCCGACACAGACAGACUUCUAAGCAAUGACCAUGAGAAAUCACUUAACAUCCUUGGAGCAAAGGAUGAUGACUCUGGACGUACCAGCUGUUAUGAACCUGACAUUUUGGAGACUGAUUUCAAUGCCAGUGACAUGUGUGAUGGUACCUCAGAGGUUGCUCAGCCACAGAGGUUAAAAGGGGAAGUAGAUCUCUUGUGCCUUGACCAGAAGAAUCAAAAUAACUCACCUUCUACUGAUGCUACCCCUACCACUCAGCAGCCCAGUGUUAUCCUAGCAAAGGAAAACAAACCAAGACCGCUUCUUAUUAGCGGAACUGAGUCAACUCAUCAAGCUGCCCAUACUCAGCUGAGCAAUCCGAGUUCACUGGCAAACAUCGACUUUUAUGCCCAGGUAAGCGACAUUACUCCAGCAGGGAGUGUGGUCCUUUCCCCAGGCCAAAAGAAUAAGGCAGGGAUAUCCCCGUGUGACAUGCAUCCAGAAGCGGUCUCACUCUGCCAAGCAAACUUCAUCAUGGACAACGCCUACUUCUGCGAGGCAGACGCCAAAAAGUGCAUCGCUAUGGCCCCUCACGUCGAGGCUGAAUCACGUGUGGAGCCAAGCUUUAACCAGGAAGACAUUUACAUCACCACAGAAAGCCUUACCACUACCGCUGGCCAGUCUGGGACAGCAGAACGGGCUCCGGGUUCUGAGAUGCCUGUCCCAGACUAUACCUCCAUUCACAUAGUACAGUCUCCGCAGGGCCUCGUGCUCAAUGCCACAGCCUUGCCCUUGCCUGACAAAGAGUUUCUCUCAUCGUGUGGCUACGUGAGCACAGACCAACUGAACAAAAUCAUGCCGUAG